CCAGCCGCCGCUUCCCCGUUGCGGACGCCCGCGAGCGGGUUGUUGUUUUUAUGAGGCGUCACUGGCGUCUAGAGCCCGGACGCCGCCACGGUGACAGCCGGCGCGGUCGGGCGGAGGAGGCGCUGCCUUCAGGACUGAAAAAUGUCUGAAAAUUCCAGCGACAGUGACUCAUCUUGUGGUUGGACUGUCAUCAAUCAUGAGGGUUCUGAUGUAGAGAUCAUGAAUUCUGCCACAGCCAGUGACAGCUGUGAACUGACUCUAGAAUGUUCCUCAUUAGAGCAAGAGGAACUGCAAGUUCUUCAUGUGAGGCCUGGAGGUGGAGAAAGCAGCGCAAACAGCAUGUCGUCAGUGGAAGAGACUCUGUUGGCAUCAGUGAGAGAAACCAAGUCAGAGAUUGAGGUUGAGGAAGCAGCUUCCCCUGAAGACAAUGUGUAUUUGGGAACUACCAGCGAUGAUUCUGAUAUUGUUACACUUGAACCACCUAAGCUGGAAGAAAUGGGAAACCAGGAAGUUAUGAAAGAAGCGCCCAGCUCCGACGACUUUAACAUGGGCUCCUCCUCCAGUAGCCAGUACGCCUUCUGCCAGCCAGAGCCCGAAAGAUGGUGGGAGAAGCUGUGGAAGAUUCCUGAAUGCAUAAGGGGAUGGGAUGAUCAGCUGAAACUCCGUGUUCCUAGCCAGCUCGCUCUCCAAGUCUUUUCAUCUCAGCCUAGUGAUGAGGAAUCCAGUAGCGAUGACACCAGCCAUGAGCCCAGCCCUGUCCCCAGACGCCGCCGCAACAGGAAGAAGACCAUUUCCAUCUCAGAGUCUGAGGAGCCGCCACUGGCUGAACCGGAGGAGGAACCCUCCAAGGAGCCGAGUAAACGACACUUCAGUGGUGGUCUCAACAAGUGUGUUAUCCUGGCCUUGGUGAUUGCUGUCAGCAUGGGAUUUGGACAUUUCUAUGGCACAAUUCAGAUUCAGAAGCGUCAGCAGUUAGUCAGAAAGAUCCACAAAGAUGAGCUGAAUGAUGUGAAGGAUUACCUCUCGCAAUGCCAGCAGGAACAAGAGUCUUUUCUAGAUUUCAAGUCAUUGAAGGAAAACCUUGAAAGGUGUUGGACCGUUACUGAAGCAGAGCAGAUUACCUUUGCAACUCAGAAAAGGAAUCUUGCUGCAGAAAACCAGCAUUUAAGAAUAUCUUUGGAGAAGGAACAGAAAGCCCUGUCUUCACUACAGGAAGAGUUACGGCAACUAAGGGAGCAGAUUAGAUUGUUGGAGGAUGAAGGCACAAGUACCCAGUUAGUUAGGGAGAACCAGGAUCUUAAGCGCCAUCUAGAAGAGGAGAAACAGAAAACGAACAGUUUCUUUAACGAAAGGGAGACUCUGGUAGAGGAAGCAAAGGCGCUGAAGAGGGACCUGGAGAGAGAACAGUUCACAGCCAUGGCUCUGCGGGCAGAACUGGAGCAGGUGGUCCCUGGCCAGGCACGGGGCCAUGCAGACUCUCCCGGCGUGCGGACUGAAGAGAAGGAGGUGGCGCUGUUAAGGCAGAGGCUGGCUGAGUUGGAGCAGAAGCUAACCUUCGAGCAGCAGCGCUCUGACUUGUGGGAAAGACUGUAUGUUGAGGCGAAGGAUCAAAGCAGAAAGUCAGAGAGCGAAGGGAGGAAGAGAGGAAGCAGAGGAAGCCACAGGGCUAAGAGCAAGUCGAAGGAGACAUUUCUGGGGACAGUUAAGGAAACAUUUGAUGCUAUGAAGAAUUCUACCAAGGAGUUUGUGAGGCAUCAUAAAGAAAAAAUCAAGCAGGCGAAAGAAGCCGUGAAGGAGAAUCUGAAGAAGUUCUCAGAUUCAGUCAAGUCUACUUUUCGACAUUUCAAAGACACCACCAAGAACAUCUUCGAUGAAAAGGGCAGUAAGAGAUCUGGGGCUUCAAAAGCAGCAGCAACCGAACAGCCAGGAACAGCUUAUGGUUAUUCUUCGUAUGCACAGCACGAGGCACCAGACCCAAACCAGAAUUGCAGAGGCCCUUCUGCACAGAGGGAGGGAGGGAGAGAAAAGGCCAGUCACUCCGAAGAAAUGAGAACAAAUGCCAAUUCACGUCCGUACAAGGCCAAGUUUGAAUGUGCUGGGAAAGAAUCUGUCAGGAUAAACGACUUCAGACAGCUGAUUGAGUGGUACUUACUCAAUGAACUGGAUACUUUUCACCACUGGAAAGAACUGGAUCAGUUCAUCAGUCCCUUUUUCCCGAAUGGUGUCUUCAGACAUGACCAGAAACUCUUCGCCGACUUUGUUGAUGCCGUGAAAGGUUACCUUAAAGGAAUAAAGGAGUACCAAGUAGAGGAUGACAAUUUGGAGAAGUUGGACGGAUAUAUAUAUAGACACUUUGGGCACAUUUUCACCCUUCCAUUCGGACCCAGUCGACCUGAUAAAAAGCAACGUAUGGUAACUAUUGAAAACUCCAGGCACCGAAAAUCCGAGCAGAAGCACCUUCAUCCCCAGCCUUAUAAAAGGGAAGGUAAAUGGCAUAGAUACGGUCGCGCUAACGGAAGACACACGGCAAGCCUUGAGAUAGAGCUGGGCCAGUUACCUUUUGAUCCGAAGUACUGACUCGUGGUUAAGUUAGGAAAUUAAGAGAUGUGGAUGCUUUCUACUUUGUUUGGUGUUGAAAUUCAGAUGAAACGCCCAGGAUGACUGUCUUUUCAUUUCUAAAAGACUGGUUUGACGGCUUUAGAUUAUGCAAAAGCAAAGCUUACUAACUUGCAAUUUCCCGUAGCUUAGGUUUGUUAAAAACAAAACUUUUUUUUUUUUUUGCCCUGAAAAAAAAAGGUAGUUUUAUUAAGGAAGCCAGGCAUGAAAUAUUCUAUGCAUGAAACAAGGCUUGGUUUGAGGAGCCGAGCUUACAGAAGCUCAGCUUUCUCGUACAGGGUGGUGAGUGCCGUCUUGAGGUGUGCAGUAUGACUGGAGUGAGCUGAGGUGGGACUCCGCUCUAACAUGUCUACUCUCCUGCUUUUGUCUCUCUGUGGGAUCAAGAGCCCAUUGGCUUGUGAGGAGCUUGCUGACUUGUUCUUGUGAACACUCUUGCACACCUCAACACUGUGGAAGAACAAUAAACUGCACGUGAGGAAAACCA